AUGUCCCGCUCACUCGACCUCGCCUCCAGCUCCUUCACCUCCCAGCCGCCGGAACUGACCGUCUUCGCUCCGGCCGACGAAGCCUUCCCCUACUCCGGCCCACCCAGUCUUAACCUCCUCCGCUACCAACUCCUCCCCGUCACCUUCCAUCUCCGAUCACUCAAGUCCCUCCCUUUCGGCGCCAAGAUCGGGACUCUGCUAGACGGCUACUCCCUCACCGUCACAACACUCCCGGCCGACGGCCUCGUCUCGCUCAACAACGUCACCGUCACGGCGUCCCCAAUCUUCGACGACGGCUCGUUGAUCAUCUAUGGCACCAACCGCUUCUUCGACCCGUAUUUCCGGAUCUCGGGUCCGAUUCCGAGCUACGGCCGCAAGAAUCGCUGCUGCCUGGCGCCGCGAAACCCUAAUGAGACUGCGGAGAUGGCGGAAACGGCGGCGUUUUACCCGUUCAGUGACGCGAGCAAGGUGCUGACAUCGGAAGGCUGCUCUGUUAUGGCUUCGUUUCUUGAAAUGCAAUUCCAUGGGUUUCUCAAGUCCCUGACCAAGUUGACCGUCUUCGCUCCCGUUGACCAUGCCAUGGUGAGCCGGAUCGGAGAUCUGAGCCAGUACUCGUCGCUCUUCCGCCGCCACGUGGCUCCCUGCAAGCUUUCUUGGAACGAUUUGGUGAGCCUCGAUGACGGGACUGUGUUGAGGACUAAUCUGCAGGGCUUCUUGAUUAACGUGAGUCGAUACGACGGCGUUUUGGUGCUGAAUGGAGUCUCGGUGAUCAUGCCGGAGAUGUAUCACAACGACUGGCUUGUGGUUCACGGAAUCAGUGAGGUUCUUGAGUUUCUUCCAGAGAGUCCACCGGAGCAAGUGGUGGCUACUUCGCCUGAUUCUGCUUCUUCACCUGAAUCUGAUGAAGUGAGUCCAGAUGAGAGUCCUCUAACAGAGCCUGCAGAUGAGGCAAUCGAGGUGCCUUCUUCGCCGAAAUUCGAUAGCGGCGACUUGGAGGAAUUUGAGGCCAGCGACUCGACUGAGAUGUUUGCUAACAUGACCGAGGAUGAAGCAGCCAUUUCACACAGGCGCUUCUUUGUUUACAGGCCUGAAUAA